AUGAGGUUCAGACCGGCUCUACUUCCCUUGGCCGCAGCAUAUACAGAUCGUUCGAGAAUUAUCUCGCCAUGCGUACAAUCCCUAUGCGCGGAAGCGCAAAUACCAGCACUAGACCUUGAUGCAGCUGAAAUCCCGGAGAAUACCUCCAGCCAUGGCGAUAUCACUUCCUGGAGGUCUGUGGAACACUCGAAAGACUCGUUGGACUUGUCGCGGAUGUCGUCGCCGGAGAAUAGGUUGGAAACCGAUGCACUGAUCGAUGCCCUUUGUGUUAGGGUCAAAUCCCAGGGAUACGGAGUCGCAAAAAGUAUGAAAAAAAGAGAGGCUCACAAGCGGGAUCAAAGCGACAGUAGUAUCGAAAAAAAUUCGACUUCAUCUACGGUCACUAAUGACGCCCACGCCGAUGGUAUGGUUGUCGAUCAUGAGGUCGACUUCAUCAUUGAACACCUCUCCGGAUCACAGACCAAAUACCCAGUGUAUACCUGCCAUCACACAGUGGACACAGAUUUCAUGAUCCUCUCGCGGGGCGUGCUAGAAGAGCUGGAGAAAAUCGUUCUCAGCCAGGACGAUAAGCUGCGUAUGUCCAGACUUCGGAUUAUACAGCUCGAGAAGGCGCUGAGGAGAAGUGAUCAGGACAGAGAUGCUGCCACUAAGUCGAUGCACAUUGCGCAGAACGCAGAGGCUAGAGCUGUAUCCACCCUCGAAGUCGUCGCGCAGGAGAAGAACAAUGCACAAACCGAGAUCCGACUUUUGCAACAAGCGCUUCAGCUUGCACAACGCGGGUACAGCGAUGCCAAAGAGGAGAUCAGAGCACUUCAGAAGGAUCUCGAUGGUGCACUUGCGGACAGCGACAGAUCUCACGAGAGGAUGGAAGCCCUGCACGGCGUACUGAAUGCAAACCAGAUCGAAAUGAUGAACAUGAGGAAGUGCCACGAGUUUGCGAAAACGCAGUCUAAGGGCUAUCUAAGAGCGAUGGAACAUUCUAUCGAAUGUCAUGAGGCUGCAAGAUUACAGCUACUUGAGCAGCAGAUUGGGCAUGGGAGAUUGGCGGUGGAGAAGAUUGCGCAGGUCGAAAGGAGGAAUGCGGAGUUGGAGGAGAUGUUUGCUGUCAAUAUGCAUGUCACGCAAGAGACAAGUAGAGGGGAUCUGCACCUUGAAAUGUCAGCUGCAGAGUCGUCCGAGACGGUCGUUGGGGAAGAUCAAGAUGAGGCACAAAGGAGCGGAUGGGGCUUAGGUUCGUGGCGGGUGCGAAACCGGAACGGCAUUGACGAUACUGAAAGCGGGCCAUAUCUGCAGACUGAGAUUGAUACUACGGAUGAACCUCCUAAUUCAGCUCAGCAAAACAUGCGUGGGAGUACUUGGGGCGUCACGAGUUUGAGACUGCGGGGUGUUUGGGGUGGGAGGACCCAGGAGAGUAUACUGCCUAGGUGGGCGACAGGGUCCUAG